AUAUUUUGAACUAUUAUUCAAAAGAUAACUACAAGUCAAAAUGUCUGGCCGUGGAAAAGGUAAAGCUAAGGGCACCAAGUCCAAGACUCGAUCAUCCCGUGCAGGGCUUCAGUUCCCAGUCGGUCGUAUCCAUCGUCAUCUCCGCAAAGGCAACUACGCUGCGAGAGUUGGUGCUGGUGCUCCAGUCUACUUGGCUGCUGUUCUCGAGUAUUUGAGCGCCGAAAUUCUCGAGUUGGCCGGCAACGCUGCCCGUGACAACAAGAAGACCAGAAUCAUCCCUCGUCACUUGCAGUUGGCUGUCAGAAAUGACGAGGAGUUGAACAAACUUCUUGGUGGUGUCACCAUUGCUCAAGGUGGUGUUCUUCCCAACAUCCAGGCCGUCCUUUUACCUAAGAAGGCUGAGAAGAAAUCAUCUUAAGCAGUUUACUGCUAAACAAAACAACGGCUCUUUUAGGAGCCACCACAUGAAUCGAAAGAUCAUGACCAAAUGCUUUGAUUGAUGUAAUAAUACUGUACUUAGCUGAGACACUAUGGCGCAAAGUUUUACA